AUGGCUUCGAACUUGCCUCUGGAGAUCUGGCAUCUCAUACUCUGUCAAGUCAGAGAACAGCAUGGUCCAAAAGCUCUUCUUGUGCCCACGCUGGUCUGUCGAAACUGGAAGGGCAUCGGCUGUCGGAUCCUUUAUGCACAUGUUGUGCUCACGAACAACAACCUUGCACGCUUCAUUGAUAGUGCAGUCAACAGUCCCGAGCACUUGACCGCGAUCAAGUCGUUGACGCUCAGAAUUGAGGCAGUCACCCUUGCCAAAUGGGAAGACGACGAAGAACUUCGGGAGUCUUACAGAAGAGAUGGCCUCGAAGAGACGAGAGCAUUGUGGCACCAGCUCAGACGAUGUGCCGAGAUGAUUCUGCCACGCACAGUGAAUCUUAACACUUUCUCACUGUUUGUCACCAUGCCAAAGGUAGACCGCCGAAGGCNNCCUCGCCGUGACUACGUUGGCUUCAGAAUUGACAACGAAGUGCUUGGUCAAUUGUUGCGAGCACUUCCGACAAGCUGUAUGAAUCUUGAACUCGACACCGAUAUGUCGAAUUGGUCCCCCGAAGAAAAACCGCAUCACGUCUGCUCAGAUCUCUGGCAUGUGCUUCCACAAAUGCGCCAUGUCAAGCUCCGUAUGCAGUCACUUUGCAGCAGGAUGCUGUACAUCAACCAUGAAGAUCCUGAUGAUCGAGCCACUCAGCCCGACUUGACUUCUCUCGGAAAGCUGGAUGAGCAGUGUCUUGUGAAGGCGGAUCAGCUGCGUACGCUGAGCAUUUGUAUCAGCUCGCGGAACGGCGCUGGACCUGUGUUUGUUGAAUGUGGCUUUCUACAGGAAAAUCUAGAUCUGGGUGUCAAGGAGCCGUGGGGUAGCCCAUCGGCUGGCGGUACAAUAGCCUUAGCUGCGGAUCUCGCUGCAACAUACAGCGCCGGUGGUUUUCCAAAAGCCGUACAGCUUGACAUAUCUCAGCCAUGGUUCGGAGUGCCUGGGCUGAUAAAAAAUCCUCGACGGAAAGAACGAGCACAAAUUUACCGCAACGUUAUGUUGUUACGUGAUUGCAUCGCGGACGAGACUCUACCACAACCUCUGAGACGCAUCGAUGGAGACGGCGAAAUAUUUGCCUUCUACGACAAGACCGAUACCUGCAUGAUUGGGAUAGCUGCCGAUUUGUUACACUAUGCCGAAUACACAAUCUGGCGUGAAUCAUCAUAUGGGGCUCGUAUGCCUUAUUCUAACGAUUCUGUGCCUUCAGAUGUUCGGUUUCAAGCCGACCCAUCUUUCAUGUCUAGAGAAGAGUGGCUCAAGCAAUCGGACUAUGUCAUGAUUGGUUGGAGAGACGAAGAAAAUCAGGGUAGAAAGAUUGCANGAGUGGUGCCGCUGCCUGGUGCAGGCGCGGGCUUCGCAGUCAAUAAGAUGCCUUUGUUAGAGGGUACACAGAUGGGUGGUAGGAUGGUUGAGUAUUUCGGAGGAAAUUUAUAA